GUUCACCUGAGACACACCAACACUUAGACUCUUCCAUCAGCCUUCCACAGAUUCAGGAAAUCCCCUCUGAUGUCUGACCGGGACAAUCAUGUGAGCUGAAGUCAUCCAGAACAGGAGUGAGUUUCACUGGACCACUGGGGACAUUUCCAUUACAGCGUCAUUAACACAUGUUUGUUCUGUGACUGAUGUGGAUUCAGUAGAAUGGAUCAGUGUGAGGACAGAGAGGAGGGAGCCCCUCCCCCAAAGACCACCGACAGGACCCCCCCAGGACCUGGACCCAACAGACCCCCCAAAGCCCAGAGGAUCCACCAGAGACCAGAGUCUCCUGGACCUGGAUCCAGUUGUGUGUCCUUCAGGAGUGACCGGUCCAGGAUGGAACCACCACUUUUUUCUACAGAGACAGUGGAGCAGCAGAGCUCAGAGGUUCCCACUGGUCUGCAGGAUCAGACUCAGCUAGACUCCAUAUUUAAGCUGCUGGAGGAGAACAUCUGCACUUUUGUCAAGAACGAACUGAAGAAGUUCCAUCAGGUUCUGAGUACAGAUUACCCACAAUGCUUAGAGAGUUUGAGUGGUGAGGAUGAAGAGCAGAGGAGGAGCUCAGAGGCUUUUCUGAAGAUCACACUGAACUUCCUGAGGAGGAUGAAGCAGGGAGAGCUGGCCAAGCGUCUGCACCGCAGAAGUCAGUCUGGAGUUCAGCGGAAACUGAAACAUAACCUGCAGAAGAAGUUUGAGUGUGUGUUUGAGGGCAUCGCUAAAGCAGGAAACCCCAAAACCCUCCUGAACCAGAUCUACACAGAGCUCUACAUCACAGAGGGAGGGGCUACAGAGGUCAACCAGGACCAUGAGGUCAGACAGAUUGAAACAGCAUCCAGGAACCCACACAGACCACCAACAACCAUCACAUGUGAAGACAUCUUUAAAACACCACCUGACAGACAUCAGCCAAUCAGAACAGUGCUGACAAAGGGCGUGGCUGGCAUCGGGAAAACAGUCUUAACACAGAAGUUCAGUCUGGACUGGGCUGAAGACAAAGCCAACCAGGACAUCCACUUCAUAUUUCCAUUCACCUUCAGAGAGCUGAAUGUGCUGAAACAGAAGAAGUUCAGCUUGGUGGAACUCGUUCAUCACUUCUUCACUGAAACCAAAAAAGCAGGAAUCUGGAUCUUUGAAGACUUCCAGGUGGUGUUCAUCUUAGACGGUCUGGAUGAGUGUCGACCUCCUCUGGACUUCAACAACACUCAGAUCCUGACUGACGUUACAGAGUCCACCUCAGUGGAUGUGCUGCUGAUGAACCAUCGGGGGAACCUGCUUCCCUCUGCUCGCCUCUGGAUAACCACACGACCUGCAGCAGCCAAUCAGAUCCCUGCUCAGUGUGUCGACAUGGUGACAGAGGUCAGAGGGUUCACUGACCCACAGAAGGAGGAGUACUUCAGGAAGAGGUUCACAGAUGAAGAACAGACCAACACAAUCAUCUCCCACAUCAAGAUGUCACGAAGCGUCCACAUCAUGUGUCACAUCCCAGUCUUCUGCUGGAUCACUGCUACAGUUCUGGAGAACGUGUUGAAGACCACAGACAGAAGACAACUGCCCAAGACCCUGACUGAGAUGUACAUCCACUUCCUGGUGGUUCAGGCCAAACUGAAGAAUGUCAAGUAUGAUGGAAGAUCUGAGACAGAUCCACACUGGAGUCCAGAGACCAGGAAGAUGAUUGAGUCUCUGGGAAAACUGGCCUUUGAGCAGCUGAAGAAAGGAAACCUGAUCUUCUAUCAGUCAGACCUGACAGAGUGUGGCAUCGAUAUCAGCUCAGCCUCAGUGUACUCAGGAGUGUUCACAGAGGUCUUCAAAGAGGAGAGAGGACUGUACCAGGACAAGAGGUUCUGCUUCAUCCAUCUGAGUGUCCAGGAGUUUCUGGCUGCUCUUCAUGUCCAUCAGACCUUCAUCAACACUGGAGGCAAUCUGCUGUCAGAAGAACAAACAUCUGUUUGGUCUAAACUAUCAAAGAUCAAACCUGUCCAGUUGUACCAGACCGCUGUGGACCAGGCCUUACAGAGUCCAAAUGGACACCUGGACCUGUUCCUCCGCUUCCUCCUGGGCCUAUCACUGCAGACCAAUCAGAGUUUCUUACAAAGUCUGGUGAAACCAACAGGGAGCAGCUCAAAGACCAACCAGAAAACUGUUGAGUACAUCAAGGAGAAGAUCAGUGAGAAUGUGUCUGCAGAGAGACGCACCAACCUGUUCCACUGUCUGAAUGAACUGGAGGAUGGAUCUCUGGUGGAUCAGAUCCAACAGUACCUGAGAUCAGGACGUCUGUCCACAGAACAACUGUCUCCUGCUCAGUGGUCAGCUCUGACCUUCAUCUUACUGUCAUCAGAAAAAGACCUGGAUGUGUUUGACCUCAAGGAAUACUCUGGUUCAGAAGAGGUUCUUCUGAGGCUGCUGCCAGUGGUCAAAGCCUCCAACAGAGCUCUACUCAGUGGCUGUAACCUUUCAGAGAGAAGCUGUGAAGCUCUGUCCUCAGUUUUCAGAUCCCAGUCCUGUAGUCUGUCACUUCUGGAUCUGAGUAAGAAUGGCCUGAAGGAUUCAGGAGUGAAGAUCCUGUCAGAUGGACUGAAGAGUCCAGGAUGCAGACUGGACACUCUCAGACUCAGUGGCUGUAACCUUUCAGAGAGAAGCUGUGAAGCUCUGUCCUCAGUUCUCAGAUCCCAGUCCUGUAGUCUGACACAUCUGGAUCUAAGUACCAAUGACCUGAAGGAUUCAGGAGUGAAGAUACUGUCAGAUGGACUGAAGAGUCCAGGAUGCAGACUGGAUACUCUCAGGUUGGAGCCUGCUGGAGUCCGAUGGGUGACACCGAGGAGACGUAAGUAUUUCUGUGAACUCACUCUGGAUCCAAACACAGCGAACGAACGCCUCAAACUGUCUGAAAACAACAAGAAGGUGGAACGAGUGGAGAGUCAGUCAUAUCCUUAUCAUCAGGACAGAUAUGAGGACUGGGAACAGGUGAUGUGUUCAACAGGUCUGACUGGUCGCGGUUACUGGGAGGUCCAGUGGAGUGGAUAUGUUAAUAUAUCAGUGACUUACAGAGGAAUCAGAAGGAAAGGAGGCAGUUAUGACUGUAGGUUUGGAUGGAAUAAUCAGUCCUGGAGUCUGGAGUGUGAUGGAGGUGGAUACAGGGUCUGGCAUGAAAACAAAUGCACACGGCUCCCUCAGUCCUCCUCCUCCUCCUCCUCCUCCUCCUCCUCCUCCUCCUCCUCUGGUACAGUAUCAGUGUAUGUGGACUGUCCUGCUGGAUCUGUAUCCUUCUACAGAGUCUCCUCUGACAAACUGAUUCACCUCCACACCUUCAAAACCACAUUCACUGAACCACUGUUUGGAGGAUUUGGACUCUGGACUGGAUCCUCAGUGUGUUUGUGUGGCCAGGCCCUAGUUACCACCCCUAUGAACCCAACUCAGCUCCCAGUUUCAGCACCCACUGGUCUCCAUCUAUUGCCUUUUAAGGCAUUUGGGAUGCCAGUUGAUGCCACCAGCCUCCAGAGGAGAGUCCCCCCAGCCAUAAGGACUGUAAAAACCUGGCCAGACGGUGCAUCACAGCAGCUGCUGGACUUUUUUGAGAACACAGACUGGAGUGUGUUUGGAAGCCAGAACCCGGAGGAGCACACAACAUCCAUGCUCUCUUACAUCAACUUCUGCAUUGACAGUGUCACUAUGGGCAAAUGUCUCUGGAUGUACUGCAAUCUGAAACCCUGGAUGACGAAAGGUGUCAAGGCACUGAUGAGGCAACAUGAUGUUGUGCUCAGAUCUGGUGAUGGAGAACUGUACAGUUCAGCCAGAGCCAACCUGAAAAGAGGCAUCAGAGAGGCCAAGACAGCGUACAGGACGGAGACUGAGGACAACAACACACGACAGGUGUGGCAGGGAGUCCAGCACCUCACCCAUUAUAUGCCUGACAACACCAAAAUGGCUGAGGCACUCGCUGGGGAUCUGAACCACUUCUUCGCACGCUUCGAGGUGGAGAGACCUGGAGCAGCUGCAGCUCUAACACCUGACUGUGGCAGCUCUAGUCUUACGGUGAAGGAGCACGAGAAGAGGGCUGUUCUCCUUAGAGAAUGUGCAGACCAGCUGGCUGGGAUCUUCGCCAACAUCUUCAACACCUCACUCUCCCAGUCCAUCAUCCCACCUUAUCUGAAGUCAGCCACAAUUGUCCAGCUGCCCAAAAAGACCACCAUCAGCAGCCUUAAUGACUAUCGACCAGUUGCUCUGACACCCGUUAUUAUGAUCAUGUCAUGUCGUGCCUCCCACCUACACUCAAUCCACUUCAGUUUGCAUACAGGGCUAACAGAUCAACAGAAGACGCCAUCACCACAGCGCUCCACACCACCAUCUCCCACCUGGAGCAUCAGGGGCAUUAUGCCUGGCUGCUCUUUGUUGACUUUAGCCCUGCUUUUAAUACUAUACUCCCAGACUGACUGA